ACAGGCAAUACUAAGGCGCACAGGAUGUCUCAUGGUCACUUACCUCAGUCUCUGGACCCACUUGAGCUGCAGAUACGCAAUGCUAAAGCCUUCUUACUGCAGACGGACACAUCAGGAGUCAGUGUGUAUGAGCACCUCUCCACCCUCCUUUCUCGUAUCUUGUCUGAACGCCCUCCUCAUGCACUGGAGUCUCUCAGGGAGCUCAGUACAGAGAUACAAUGGUCUAGACUCGAACAGGGACCUGACGCGCUUCGCACACAGAGAGAGGACCCGCACACUUACAUUAAGGCCGACAUGCAACGUGCUCUCUUCAGCCAUGGAACUGGAGAGGGGCAGGAGACUGAGGGGGACGCAGAUAUAGGAGACUCUCCACUCCCAAAUCUCCUGGACCUUUCCCAACUUCUCCAGCAGGCUGGCGUGAGUCUGGGGAGGGAUGAGGUAGUGAAGAUAUGUCUAGCGCUCAAGAGACUCGUAGACACACAUCCCCUCCAAUACUGUCGCCUCUGGGGCAAGAUGCUGGGGACAGAAGGAGGUUACCUGGUGGCUGAAGUGCAGUUCCGGGAAGGGGAGGAUGAUGAAGCGGAGGAGAGAGGAGAAGAGGAAGAAAACGAGGUUGAGGAGCCAGAACAUGAGGAUGAGGAGGAAACGGAAGAGGCAGAGGACCUACCACCCAAAUCCACGUAUCGCCCCCCCCCUGUGAUACCCAUGGAAGAGUAUGGAAAGGGAGCAAAUAAAUAUGUUUACUAUGUAUGUUCUGAGGCAGGAACAGAAUGGGUUAGACUGCCCCAAGUUACCCCGGCUCAGAUCUGUGCUGCUCGUAAGGUAUCUAUCUACUUGUUGUAG